AUGAACUUUAUUCGACUAGCGUUGUUUUUUCCGCUGUUUCAAAUAAUAAAUGGCAACGCAACCAAAUCUUUGUGGGAUGAGGAUGAAGAGGAGAAAGCUCAGAAACCCAUUCUGCGCAUCCACCACAUCAACAUCUUCGGGGACUCUCGCUAUAUGAAGGCUUUGUCCUAUAUCAACGAUAGUCGCACCCAAUUCAGCAUCACGGUUUCCCUUCGCGAGGAACUGGGCAGUAAUUUCCUCACCUUCAACAUAAAGGUGCGGGUGAGACCUUCGGAAAGGGAGGUUUUUGUGACCCUUCUUCAGAUGAGGGAUCUUGAUCUGUGUGGAUUCUUCUUCGAGUACCGAAAGAACCCCAUGAUGAAGUACUUCCUGCAGUCGGAGAUGCAACUAAGUGACAUUAUCGCAUGUCCUGUUCGCGCGGGAAAUUACUCGCUGAAUAAUGUCAACGUCAAGGAUAUCUAUCCACAGGUCCUGCAGAAUGGCACAUACAAAUUCUUCGUGGAGGUCAUCGAGGCAACGGCCGAGAAAGUCUUCGCCCUCCAGGUGACCACCGAGGUACGAGUUCCAAAUGCCCCCGAAUAA